AUGUACAUUGACAAGAGAGACUUUACAACCAACUCAUGGGGUAGUAAUAGCAGUGCAAGAUGGGCGUUUUUUGUUAUAUUUUUUGUUGCUAUUCUUAUCAUUAUAUUGGGUACAAUGAGAGUCAAUAAACGGAGAUCGAGACAUGGUAUUCAACCGAUCUACGGUACACGAUGGAUUACUCCUCCCUCAUACUAUCAAAGUCAGAAUCAGUACGACAAUGGUCAAAGAGGAGGAGAGACGACGUUUGUACCCGAAUACACUGAACGAGCUAAUGAAAACGAUAUGGGUUAUUAUGAUAAUACAGGUACAUUUGUACCCAAUCCUAAUGCCAAGGCAACAGGCACCACCACAGUUACAAAUUUGCCUUCAGAACCAGAAGCAUCCCAUCAAAGACAAUAUUCUGUGACGAGUGGACAUGUCCCUGCUCAAGAUAUUGACGAUCAUGAAUUGUACAGUCGUCCCGACGGACCCCCUCCCGGCCAACUGCCACAGGCUACAGGGAGCAAUGAUCUGGCAACUGACGUAGGCCGACCAUCAGUACCUCCUCCACAUUUGCAAACUACUGGUGUCUAUACAUAUGGAGGCACAAGUUCAGAAUCAACUACAGAUAAUUCGAAGAGUACGGAUGACCCGGGGGCACCUUCAUAUCCUCCACCUAACGUUGGUGGAGGAAAAUAA